AUGUCAGAACUUGAACAACUUCAAAAGAAUCAAAAUGAACUUAUUAUAAUGAAUAGCUUCUUAAGUGCUACAUUACAAUUCGAGGUAGCUGAACUAUACUCAACUCCAGUUAAUCAAUUAGAUGCAAUAUCAACAUUACAAUCUGUGUAUUUCAUUAUUGAUGUUCAUAAUUUAAGUAGAGAAAUGACACCAUUUGCUUUGAUAGAAAAUCAUGCGUGCAAUCCAGAUGAAAGAGAAGUACUUUUUUCAAUGGGUGCUAUAUUCAAAGUUAAAUCAAUAGAAAGUCAUAAUAAUAAAUGGCAUAUCUAUUUAGAACUAAGUAAAGAACAAAAUAAACUUGGUCAAAAUUGGUUAGACCAUAUGUUGGAACAAUUUAAAUCAGAACCAGGUCCUUUGGCAUUCGGUUGGUUUCUUUUUCGAAUGAAUCAAUUCGAUAAAGCUGAACGUUAUGCUACAUGGAUGAUUCAAAAACUUCCGCCAAAUGAUAUAGCAAUUGGAGAUGCUUACAAUUUACUUGGUCUUAUAUAUAAAGAUAUAAAUAAACUUGAUCCAUCUAUUCAAUCUUAUGAAAAAGCUCUUGAUAUUUAUUCUCAUUUGGGUUAUCAAAAUAGUUGUCGAGCUAUUGCUGUUCAUUGUAAUCUUGGUUUAGCUCAUUUGGCAUUAGACGAUUGGCGAAAUGCAGACGACCAACACACACAAGCUGGAGAAAAAUUCAAUUUAUUACCAACAAAUUACCCAUUAUUGAAGUCUCACGUGGAUCGUCUCAAGGCCAAGCUUAUGGAAAAUUCUGGCUAUACAGAAGAAGCUUUGCAAAAGCUUGAAAAGGUUUUAGAAAAUAGAAGAAAGACAUUAACUCCAAACCAUCCUUCAAUUGGAACAGCGUUAAAUGAUAUUGGCACUGUCUACGAUAAAAAAGGCAAUCAUGUAAAAGCACUUGAAUAUUUUCAACAAGCAUUGGACAUUGAGAGGAAAAGUUUAACAUCUGAUCACUUGGAAUUAGUCGAUUAUUAUAUAAAUGUUGGUCAUAUGUAUCAUAAAUUUGGACGUUUUAAACUUGCUUACGCACAAUUUGAAUCAGCGCAAAAAGUUUUACUUGAAUACGACCGAACUGAAGAGAAAAAAAUCGCACAAUUAGAUACACUUAUGACCGAAAUGACAAUAAAAAUGCAUUAG